AUGGAUAACCUUCCUGUCACGUCGGGAGAGGAGAAGAUUGCUACAACGCCUUGCUCGACCACCGAUUCUGGAGUAACCCUCAACGAGGGACAAGCCCUGGCUCAGACCGGUGGUGAGGCUGCUCAAGCCAAAGAAGUGCCUACCGAAAGCGGCACCUACUCGGAAGUCACGACAACCCAGCCUGCACCUAUGAAUAUGCCUGUGGACUCUGCUCCGGCACCGGUUGAUACCGGGGGCUCUGAGGCAUUCUCGUCCCUUCCUGCCAACACUGGUCAGCCCCCGUCUACACACUUCACGAAUCCGAUGCUUUUCUCGGCUCGAGAGGUAGUCGCCAGGCUGAGGGCCAGAUCCCAUGGCAAACCUCGGCAUUUUUCCCGCCCGAGGGUGCGCCGUCGGAGCCGUGGACAACAGGGCAUGCAACCAGUGUCUAGACCUGAUUCUCAGCCUUCGCCUGUGCAGGUUCCCUUUCCAAACGUGGGUUACUUUGUCGGGGCCAUGCCCAACAGUACUCCGGCUUUCCAAUAUCCCGGCGGAAUGGCAGUAGUGGCUCGUCCGUGGACUCAUGCAUAUGCGCCAUAUAACGGCUUUCAGCUGGGGGCACAGUUUGGAACAUUCGGUGGCGGCUAUCCGCUGCAACUUCGCCUAAUGCCCCAGAUGGAAAGCCUGAUGAGAAUGCACAACAGCGAAGGUGCCGAGAAUCUUCAAAGACUAAACGACAAGACUCAUUCGCUGAAUACACAGAUUGCUUUUGAGAAUGCUCGAGCCUUUGAAAAAAAAGUCGAGCGUGAGAAGCAGGAGAGCCUUCGGAACCGGCCUCAGAACCUUGUUGUCAAUGGCAGUCGAGGGUGGGAGUCUUAUUACCGCAAUCAAUUAGAGGGCAAUGCGCUGGUGAGCGACUAUGGCAUGGCGCCUGCUUUCACACCUGAAAACGCUUAUUCCAACAGCAAUAUGGAGCAAGACUUGGAGGCUACCGAGUCGGAAGACGAAAAAAGUGUCACGGGAGAUGACCAUCUGACGUCGGAGACUCCUGUUGCUUUGCGCAGAUGCAAUUCUUGUGAAUUUUAG